AUGGUUCGGCUUCAUAACCUCCUGCUCUCAGGGCUGGCCCCCAUCGCAUUUGCCACUGCUGACAACACCACCGCUUCUUUUGAGGAACGUUGCCGCAGUCUGCCCGCCUCUCUGAAGAUUCGCAAUGCGAACUCGACUACAGCCCAGUUCGUCGCGGCCGGCACGACCUUGACCUUCCCCAACGCCGACCCAAGCUGCGGCCGCGCCUCUCAGAACGUCACCGUCGACCUCUGCCGUGUCAUCACCCAAGUUGCCACUUCGGCCAGAUCUGGCAUCAAGAUGGAGGCUUGGCUCCCGGCCGAUUGGUCCGGCAGGUUUCUGAGCACUGGCAAUGGCGGUCUCGGCGGCUGUAUCCAGUUUGAGGAUAUUCAGUACGCAGCUUCACUGGGCUUUGCGGCUGUGGGCACAAACAACGGCCACGAUGGUUCGACUGGACAGUCCUUUCUCGGCAAUCCCGACGUCAUCGAGGACUAUGCCUACCGUGCGGUGCACACGGGCGUAGUUAUCGGCAAAGAGAUUUCCGCAACUUUCUACGGAACACAGCAUAAGACGAGCUACUACAUGGGUUGCUCGACUGGUGGACGCCAGGGGUUUAAAGAAGCUCAGAGCUUCGCCGACGACUUCGAUGGGAUCGUCGCCGGAGCUCCAGCUUUCUCCUUCAACAACCUUACGUCUUGGAGCUCCUACUUCUACCCCCUAACCGGCCCGCCUACCGCCGACACCUUCGUUCCCUUUGAAGUAUGGCCCGUCAUCGCACAGGACAUCCUCAGUCAGUGUGACCACCUGGACGGCGCCGUCGACGGCAUCUUGGAGUCGCCUGACCUGUGCGACUAUGACCCUUCGGGUCUCAUCUGUGGACAGGGCCAAAACAGUUCGACGUGUCUGACAGAGACACAAGCCAACACAGUCCGCAGCAUAUACUCACCUCUCCUGGACGCAGAAGGCAGUUUCGUCUACCCCCGCAUGCAGCCCGGUGGCGAGUCCACCGAAGCCGUCUUCGCCAUGUUCAAUGGGCAGGUCUUUGGCUCAUCUGACUGGUGGCGCUAUGCCAUCUUCAACGACUCUAACUGGGAUCCCCUAACCCUCAAGAAGGAGGAUUUUCCCUUAUCUUCCACUCUCAACCUUUUCAAUAUUGAUACUUGGGAAGGUGAUCUGUCCGCGUUCCGAGACAGGGGCGGCAAGCUCCUCCACUACCACGGCCAGGUUGACGGCAUCAUCACAAGCGAAAACUCGCCCAGGUACUACGAGCACGUGUCCCAGACCAUGGACUUGGCGCCGAAAGAGCUUGACGAGUUCUACCGCUUCUUCCGUAUCUCAGGCAUGGGGCACUGCUCUGGUGGGCCCGGUGCCAACGUCAUUGGCAACGGUGGAUUCUCCCCGGCGGCCAGUCUGGAACCAGAGGAGAACGUAUUGAUGGCCAUCGUGCGCUGGGUUGAAGAGGGAAUUGCUCCAGACGUGGUGGUCGGCACGGCUUGGGUGAACGGAACGGCGAGCGACGGGGUAGAUUAUAAGCGUCGACACUGCCGUUGGCCUUCGCGUAACGUGUACCAAGGCCCUGGCAGCGUGAAGGAUAUUGACAGCUGGGCAUGCGUCGAGUGA